AACAAUAACGACAAUAAUGAAAAGGAAUUUAUCGAUAUAAUCCAGUCGCUUCCAUCUAGAAGAUACCCAUAUCUCUCAACCUACUUAAACAACUCUCGGGACCUACUUGUAAAGAAAAUAUGUAAAUGGUCCCAGACCUCGCCAGGAAGUUCCAGCCACAACAGCCCGACUCGCAACACCAUUGACUUGCUCCCAGCGGAACAAAUGUCUUGUGUCGUAAAAGAAAUUCUAGAGAUGAUACUUCAGUGGAUGAUCGAAGAAUUGAAUGUCCCCGCCGACUAUAUAUACAGAGCAACAUACCUUGCCGACAAGUAUGUCAAACAAGUUGGCAGUGUAAAGCAGAGCCAACUAUUAUGGGUGAUGCUUAUAAGUUGUUUGAUCACGAUCAAGGUGCAAUCGGACCAUAAGAGCGUCCGUAUGCAUCAAGUUGCCAAACGAUUCCAUACCAGUGGCGAGAUGCUCUUGCGAAUGGAGUUACAAUUCCUAAACAUCAUUGGAUACUCUGUCAAUGUUGAAGAGCAGACCAUCAAUGCAUUCCUCACCGGUCUCUUUCUCGAGUUUCAGUGUAGCGUAACAGAUCGUACACAAUCAAUAAUACAAAGUAUAUGUAGGCAACAACAACAACAACAACAAAUAUUACUACAACAACAACAAUUACAACAACAACAUAAUGUAAAU